AUGUCCAGCAAGUAUCCCGACGCCGAAAUGGGAGGAAAGUUGCAUGUAUGCGAUAUGCUAGACCAACACCUGGGUCUGUUCGAAGAUGAGCGGCAUACAGUGGAUGCCUUUCUAGACGAGAGCAUGGCAAAUGUUCUCAGCAAAGCGGGUGUCUACCAAGUCCAAAUGGGCGUAUGCCAGAGAAGAGUGAUGAUGCUACGCAAGACUGUCGGGAUACGGAGGAGGGUUCUGGGUCCGACUCACAGCCCGACAGUCCAACGUAUCUAUCUUCUGAGCACAUCACUGCUUAGCGUGGAACAGUCCUCGGAGGUAGAGAAGAACCUGCGCUUUGCGCUGGAGUGUUUCAUUGAGGCUCGGCACCUGGAUGACGAAAGAACGCUAUUUUGCUUCCUAAAUCUCAAAGCGUCGCUUCAAGCCCAGGGGCAGGUACUUCCGGCAGAAAUAUGCACUUCAAACCCUGGCAUUGCUGUCGCUGAUCUUGAAGUGUCAGGGCAAGCACCAAGAAGCUGA